AUGAAGAACAAAAGUGGCAGCGGCGACGGCGAGCUUUCUGGCCGGUCCAAUCCUCCAACUCCGAGUAAUGCUGAUACAUCAGAGCAAGAGUCAGAGGAGGAGGAUGAGUUCGAUGUAGAAGCUAUCCUUGAGGAGAGGGUCAAAAAGGGCGUGACAGAAUAUCUAGUCAAAUGGGAUGGCUUUGACCUGAUGAACGCCACCUGGGAGCCUGCCGAGCAGUUCAACUCCGAAGAUACACUGAUGGAUUGGGCAAGGAAGAAGCUUCUCAUCACAGCUGGAAGAGAACGUCGCUUCGACGUGAAGAGAUGGGAGCGUGAUAAAAAGAGAAUUGAGGCCGAAUUCGCGGCAUCCAAGAGAGACUUGAUCAAAGAGAACUGUUCCAUCAACACUGAUUUUGAUUCAUAUUUUCACCCAUUGCCAGGCUUAUCUUCAUCUGACUCAGAUAAACCCCUCAGUCAUAGGCGAGAAACGCGCUUCUCGUCGGAGGUUUCAUCUUUGUUCGUUCGGCCAGACACUGUCCCUCCAGAGGAGCCACGCACAGUGCCACGGGAAGUUCCUAAACAUCCUACAUCUGGUCCUUCCAAGUCACCGAAAAAGACCGGAGCCCCGGUGCACGCUGUUAAGGCACCAGUUACACCAGCGGUACUAGCGAUACCAGCGAAACCAUCGCCGAAGGAACCAGCCCAACAGAAGCCAGCCAUUCAAACAGCCAAAAAGCCCCGGUCAAAACCAACCUGGACAUUGGCUAACUCGAUAUCUAGGCCUCAGGAACCAGCUACUAAAACUCCUUUCUUUGGGUCUGGUCAAACAGCUCGUCCAAGUAACAAGCGACAGGGGUUGAAUUCACGCUGGGCUCGCGAGAGGGCUCCAGAUAUCAAUCAAUUGGAGCUGAUGAAGCCUUCGGAGUUUCCCAGCAGAGAGAAUUACGGGUACAUUCAGCCUUCUCCUUCGAUGAUAGACAGAACGACCGUCACAAUUAAAUCAGCUGAAGAGACACUGUCAGAGUCGAGUCUAUCAGCAGCCAUCAUUACAUCGAUGGGCCCUCCCGGCCCUCCUAACUUGGUUCAAUCUGCAGCAUCAAACCGCACUGAAAAUUCUUCGGAGAUUCAAGCUCCAGACACCAUUACUCCAACCGCCCCAAUUCUGCCUACCAUGUCAAGAGCUCACGGGGUAGCUCCUAGAGCUAGAUUGACGGAGGGAGACAAUCCUCCGAAUUUGCCUGAUUCAGAAAAGCGUUCUAUCGCACCAGAAGAGAACAGUCGGCGAAAGUCACCAGACGUGUACCAUCGCCGAGGAUCUCCCGAUUAUGGCCGCCGGCGAUCACCAUCUCUGUCUAGACGUCAACGAUCUCCAGAUGUUUACAGGCCCCGGCGAUCGCCAUCUCCAUAUAGACGUCGACCUUCUCCUGAUGCAUACAAUCGCCGGCAAUCUUUCCCCGCGAUGAGAUACAACAGACACUCAACUUCACCGGAAAGACAUGAGCUAUCACGUCCACCGUCACCAACCUCUCGCCGUCAUACUAUCUCGAGGCCGGGGAGUCGGGGUCCAUUCCCGCCUCCAGUCACUAAGCCAAGACCUUCAGCCCAAACUGUUCUUACCGAAGAAGAGAAACACCAGAUUGCCCGAAUGCCAGUAGGGAUUAAAAAGAAAGGUUUUAAAUCUAACCCGGCAGGUCAUUUCUGGAACCCGGGCGAGGUGCUGGCUCACGCUUAUUUUGGUGUUGAUAAGCAGUACAUCGGGGCCGUGAGAUUAUGUGGGCACAAGCUUUUGGCCGCUCAUGACCUGAUUGCAUCCAAGCGGAAAGGAAGCAUCACACUGGACGUGUGGUUUAAACACUCAUGUACAUUCGACCAAUACCAGGAGUUGGCACGGGAUUUCCACGAGACAAGAAGCCAUCGACUAUGGUGCAAUGCGUGGAUGGAAGGGUUCGAAGACUCGAAUGAGCAAUUGUUCUACAUGGCCGAGUCUCUCCGUAGACAAAAUAUGGCGGCUAUCCAUUACCCAGCUAAUGGCAGAGGGAUGAACUGGAUCGCCUACUCUCCUUCGUCUAUUUUCGAUCGGUUUCUCACGAACCCUGGACAAAUUCGGUUGCCAAGUGGUGCGGUCAUCUGUCUUGCUGUGAGGGGUCCCUUGCCGGAUUUCUCAACUCUCAGCACAAUAUCCAGCAAUCUUACGAAUCCUCGCGCGCCUGUGAUUCGGCAACUUGACAAUACCAGACCUGGGCAGUCCACAACGAACGACAAUAAAAUUCAGGCUCCCCUGGUCGGGUCACCAAAUAUCCAUCCCUCUCGUCUCUGGAUGCUUACAAAAUCGGAUACGUCAGGCAGGCGGAGACCAGAUGAAACACCGAACUGGGGUCCGGAUAUAAUCAUGGACACCUCCAGUGACACUUCAUUCAAUGGCCAAGGGCCAGUGCUAGUGGAUACUCCGCAGGAUGUCCGGGAGCCAGCUAUGCCAUCGCAAAAGUUGGGGAGUGUUAGAAAGGCACCCCCGACAAAUGUCAGCGAACAGGCAAUAGAUGAAAUGCUCAAAAUCUUUAAGGAUCAGUUCAAAAUGACGCUCGAACGUCUAGGCACCCUUGAUAAUGGCGACAUCACAGACACGUUCUAUCUUCACUUUCCUGUUGAGGAUACAGAUGCCUGCAUCGAUUUGGAAUUCAUGGAGGCUUGGCUCAAUCAUCAUAGAGUGAAGUACUGGACAAACCGGGACCCAAGGAACUGGGAAAAAUUCCAUAGCGACUGCAAGCGUGGUGUGAUUAUCUUCCAUGAAUCGUUCUUUCAGUACGAAAGCUUGCGGCCAAAAAUUCGGUCUUACCUAUGGAAAGACAAUCACAACUUCUGGACUGUCCGUCUCCGGAGACCGUUGGAUCUGCCAGAUCUUCGAUACUGCAGCGAGGGCUCUCAUAUUCAAGCUAUUUUCCCUCAUAGCUCUGCAAUUUUGCUUACCGAAGACGUAGUCCAGGACUUGAAGCGAGCCGCCAUGAUUGUCUGUUGGUUUUACCACAAGCACAUCUCAAGUAAAACACCAGUAACAUCCAAACUCGUGCUCUGUCCCGACUUCAUGACAAAGCUAGAAAAGAGAUUGGAUAAUCCCAACCGAGACAAGAAUGAUGAUGUCAAGUGCGUUCUCAACCCUGCUCAUGUCGCUUGUUUCUUGCAAACUAACACUCUACCCAGCAUUAUGAGUAUCAUCGCUUGUAUCAAGAUGGUAAACUCCACGGACCCGAAUUUUCCAUUCUUCGAACUGGACAGUCUUUCAAUUCAAUCCCUGGACCGCUCAAACAAUAAUGUUCUUUGUCUACCUAUCCCAGGAUAUGGCACCCGCACCGGUGCCGAACACGCACACACCAAAUGCCUAACACAACCAGAAAGAGACGCAGAUCAUCUCGUCGAGGCCUUCGCCGGAUGGACACAAGUGAAUGCAGCGCGCUUCCGCAAAACAGCCGUCGUCACCUUUUUGAAGAACGAACCCCUACUAAGUCGCUGGUCGGGCUGGGGGCAUGUCGUCGUGUUAGACGGUUUCAAGGCUUUCUGUCGAGCAUUCGCCACGGAUGAAAGCAUUCUUUUCGAAAGGCUUCAAAAUGGUCUUCAGCGACAGGUUAACUCCCCUCAGCUUGCCACUGAAGGCGGCGUCACCACCCCGUGGACCCCUCAUACACCACAGGAAUCGCGCGACCCUCGUAAGAACCGUGGCGAUCCUAGUAGAGAUCGUAAGGGUAGCAGGGAUCCCAGGCUGGCGCCAGAGGCUUAUCCGUCGAACCCUCUUGCUCAGCCCUACCGAUAA